AUGCCCGAGGAGGAAGAACGAGAGAAGUUGGCCAGAGUCAUCCGACAGUGGAACAACAACAGACUGGACCUGUUUGAAAUAAGCCAACCUGACGAGAAUGUGGAGUUUCACGGUGUGAUGCGUUUCUACCAUGAGAAUCAGGAAGAGGGGAACGUGGCCACAAAGUGCCUGCGUGUCUGCAGCAACUCUUCCACUCGCCAGGUCAUUGAAACUCUCUCGGAGAAGUUCAGGCCCGAUAUGAAAAUGCUGAAUUCCAGUUAUUCCCUUUAUGAGAUCCAAGCCAAGAAGGAACGCAAACUAGAGCCGGACGAGAAACCUUUGAUUGUCCAAUUAAACUGGAGCUCGGACAACAGAGAAGGACGCUUUGUGCUCAAGAAGGACAAGGAGACUUCCCAGGAAAUGUCUCCCGAGAAGGAGAAAGGAGGCAUCAUCCAGAACUUCAAGAGGACAUUGUCAAGAAAAGACAAGAAGACGGAGAAGAACAAAGCUAAAGCUGCUGACAAGGUCCCAGGAGACGAGAAGGGGUCAACUGAAAAACUACUUAACAACCAGGAGGCAAAUCACGGCUCAGAAAACCAAAAGCAGCAGAGGCAAGCUGCAGGUGAGUAUUCUGGAAGUUUCCAUCCUGACUUUUCAGAUCAGCCUGGAUUACCACUCGGGAUUAAACUCUGUGAAACCUCUGAGGAGGCCUUCCUGUCUGCAGUCAUAAAUUACACCAACAGCUCCACGGUCCAUUUCAAGCUCUCACCUGCGUACAUCCUCUAUGCUGUGGGACGCUUCACCCUGCGGCGCCAACACAGGCAAGGCUCGCCGCGCUCAGGACAAACACACGCCGUCACAUCCAUCACCGGCAAAAUGGUGGCCAUGACACGGAAGGUCAUCCAGAGGCAGCAGACCAUUGCUGGGGCGCUCGCCUUCUGGAUGGCCAACUCCUCUGAGCUGCUGAAUUUCAUCAAGCAUGACAAAGACCUCUGCCCGCUCACACAGCAGAGUCAGCUGGACCUCGCCCACCUGGUGCACAGAGCUUACAGUUGCCUGUUACAGUGUCUUCAGAAUGAGUUAAUGAAGCAUUUGCCAACUUUUCUGAUCGAUCCUGAGCAACAUGGCUCCCUGCCGGCUGGUAUAGAGAUGGUGCUGAACACCUUCAUGAACACCAUGUCUCUGCUACGCCGCUGUCGGGUCAACCCCGCCCUCACCAUCCAGCUCUUCUCCCAGCUCUUCCAUUUCAUCAGCGCCUGGCUCUUCAACCGGCUCAUGAGCCCAGCGGCCACCGCUCCGGGCCUGCGCUCCCACUACUGGGGAGCAGCUCUCCGCCAGAGGCUCACCGGCAUCGAGGCCUGGGCGGAGAGGCAGGGCCUGGAGCUGGCCGCCGACUGCCACCUCGGACACAUCAUCCAGGCAACCACACUCCUGACCAUGAAUAAGUACUCGAUGCAGGAGGCGAAGGACAUCCAGAAUACCUGUUUCAAGUUGAACUCACUGCAGCUCCAGACGCUGCUCGCUGGCUACCUCUAUGCAAACACCGAGCCUCACAUCCCCCCCGAUUUGAUCGAUGUUGUGGUGGCGGGCGCCGAGGCCUCGGCCGACAGCCUGAUUGACAGCGAGGGGCGGGACGUCCAGCUGGAGGAGAGCCUCGACCUCCACCUGCCUUUCCUGCUGCCGGAGGGAGGCUACUCCUGUGACACCGUGAGAGGAAUCCCUCAUGGCUUCAGGGAGUUUUUGGAGCCAAUUUGCCGAAAAGGUCUCUGCUCUAUAACGUCCCAGCCGAACCCUAAAGGCGACUGGACCGUGUAUUUCUGUGAAUCUUCACCUCCUACAGAGAACACAUACUUGGCAGCACACAGAGAGCCGGAGGUUGUGACCAUCACACUGAAGAAACCUCUCAACAGUGGGAUGGGGGUCAGCAUCGUGGCUGCCAAGGGAGCGCAGCAGGGUAACCUUGGGAUCUAUGUCAAAUCUGUAGUCCAGGGAGGACCAGCUGAAAUGAAUGGAAGGUUGGCAGCUGGAGAUCAGCUGCUCAGUGUGGAUGGUCAGAGCCUCAUUGGCCUCAACCAAGAAAGGGCUGCUGCCAUCAUGGUGCAAACCGGCCCUGUUGUGACUUUACAGGUGGCAAAGUUCGGAGCGAGCUUCCACGGGCUGGCGGCUCUGCUGAGUAAACCAGCUCCAACAACGACUACAGGUGAAACAAUCUUUGCCAAACCAAACGGUGAAGCGCUGGUGCUGUACCGUGCUCUGGAUCCUGGUCCGUCAGUGCAUCAGCUCCAUGGAGGCAGCAGGAGGAAGAAAGAGCUGAUGCAGAGGAACCGGCAGCUGUUCCGCUCCAACCCCAACAUGACCACCGACCUUUGCCCCGAGGAUGGAGAUGAACUUGUUGACCCUGUUGUGAGAGGAAACAACAUUGCGGCUGUGUCCACCGUCAACCUCUGCACUGACACGUUUCACAGGGAAUACUUGACACUUCCAUCUCCUAAGUCACAGGACAAGAACGUGUCUGAAUCCAGUCGACCGCAGCAAACAUUAGUGUCUUUCGGGCCUUUGAGUGGAAGCAGCUGCAGUAAGAAGACAUACAUGCGUCAGGCCCUCUCACAGGAAAACCUUUGUAUGGAGAGUGGAGGUCCCCUGCUGGACAAAAGGGGGAAGGACACCAGUGCCAAACAACCCAUGAGCCACUACUCCUCUUUCCCAAUUCGCUCCAGCGUUUCCACCCACGACCUCCUCGCUGAUUACAGUUCCCCUGUGAGACACCAGCAGGGCGUUCGCACAAGUGGCGCCGGUGUCUGGAGGGCGCCAUUUUCCCAACGUCCCAUGUCCACGCCUUCAUCUCAGCCCGUACGCAUCGACAUCCCCAUCACCAGGGCAGUGAACACAAAUCCUCCACUCACCACCUUCCAGAGUCCGGCUCUGCUCCCUCACCAUCAGGCCCACCAUAACUACGCAUGCCCCAUCUCUGCAGUGAAGAAGCUGCCCCGGCCGUCACUUCCGUCCCAGCAGCACAGGCCCGGCAUGUUCAGGGGUCAAGCUGUAAAACCUCAAGUGAGCAUCCCUCCAACAAAACAUGUUUCCUUCCAGGAACCUCCCACUCAACAGAGGCAGGGAACGGGUGCUCCGAAGCAGAGAGGCCCCCAGGAGCUGUCCGGCCCCUGGAGGAGGGAGACGCAGGAGAACCUGGAGAAGCAGCACCGGCUUCAGGCGGUGGAGCUCCUGGAGCAGGAGGUGCAGGAGCUCCAGGCCAAGGUGAAGCGCUCGGCGGAGGAGAACGACCGACUCCGGAAGCUCAGCCUGGAGUGGCAGUUUCAGAAGAGGCUGCGGGAGAUUCAGCAGAGAGGUGACGAGGAGGAGGACGAAUAUGAGGAUUUGGACAUGAUGGUGGCGAAACAGCAGCUGGACAUGAAGACUCAGGAUAAAAUAAGCUCUGGAGGAAAUAUCAACAGCGAACUGAAAGAGUUGAAUCAGCAGAUUGGAAAUCACUUUCUCAAAAAAGAAGACAAGGCAAACAUCGGUCACAGACCAACUGGACAGACUGAACAUGUUCACAACGUGGCAUCAAAAGAAAACCAGGAGGAGAAAAGCCUGGCGGCUCAUGAGACGCUCACAUUCAGGGAGCGGCAGCGUCUCUUUUCUCUGGCGUCCAGUGCAUGA